UAACAAGUAAGGGAGGUCCAGCAAGGAUCCCAGAGGCGCUCCUUUCCCGGGAAGGUGAGCGCACGCUCCCUCCGCCGCCUCCUCUCCAUGGGUGUGUCUUUCUCCUUUGGAGGGAAGUGGAAUUGCGACACUCUUUCAAGUUUCAGCACGAGAGGAGCCAAGCUGGAAUGGAAAAGUAGGACGCGGGAUAUCUUUUUAAGGGGCAAAAGCAAAGAAAGAAUGCAUCACUCUUCCUGUUAUUGAGGGCACACCUGUUACACCCAAGUCCGAUGAAAACAAAAAACCUGGUGCUGCUGCUGGCGGGCUUCUUGUCAGCCGGCAUGCGCAGCUGAGAACACCCAACACCUUGCUGCUGAAUCCCAAUCACGAUGGAAGCCGGUGAUCCCCCGCCACCACCUCCUCCCCCGCCGCCUUUACUGCCGCCCCCACCUCCGCCGCCGCCACCGCCGCCGGCGCCCGGCCAGGGCGGCUUGAAACUGGAGCGUCGGCGCUCCAGGAUGCGCAACUUCAACUGGGAGACCAUCCCCAAGCACACAGUGAUGGGCAAGCGCAACAUCUGGACGGAGGACGCAACGGACGGCGACUACGAGCUGGACACGGAACACAUGGAGGAGCUGUUCAGUCAUAAGCGGGCCCAGCGACGGAACCAGCAGCUGCAACAGUUGGCCACCCUGGGCCGCCGCGGGGCCCUGGCGCCUGCCUCUGGGGCGGAAGUGGUGUCCAUUCUCAGCGCUAAGAGGAGUAUGAAUAUUGGUAUUUUCCUCAAGCAGUUCAGGCGGCCUGUCAUGGACAUGAUUGGGGAAAUCCAGGCGGGACACGGCCUAGGUUUUGGUCCCGGGAAAUUGAGGGAGCUGCGUAAACUGCUGCCGGAUGACGACGAGGUAAAAGAGUUGCUUAAAUUUAGCGGCGACCAAACAAGCCUCCCAGAUGCCGACCUCUUCAUGCUGAUGCUGAUCCACAUCCCUGGGUAUGAGGAGCGUCUGAGUUGCUUGGUCCUUAAGGAGGAGUUUUUCCCCUCUAUGGCUGAAAUGAGAGAAUUCAUUGGCACUUUGAAAGCUGCUGGAAAUGAGCUUUUGGAUUGCGACAGUCUGCACUCAGUCAUUCGUCUGGUUUUGAAGACGGGCAAUUACAUGAAUGCCGGCGGAUACGCCGGCAGCGCCGUUGGCUUUCGGAUGGCAUCGCUGCUGAAGUUGGCGGACACCAAAGCAAACAAGCCCGGGAUGAAUCUAAUGCACUAUGUUGUGAUGGCAACUCAGAACAUUGACGUGGAGCUACUUGGGUUUCCCAAACAACUCGCCCACAUUAAAGCCGCUGCAAGAAUCCAUCAAAGUGACCUCGAAGCGGAUUUUGAUCGCCAGCGCCAAAAAGUGAACGCCGCCAAAGUGAAUAGUUUGAAGCAAGAAGACCUCAAGGUUCAAAUGGAGGAUUUCCUCAAGGAUGCGGAGACCUGCUUGGACCAGGUGGAACAGGACCUGCGGGAGUUGCAGUCAACCAGCGACUCUGUGGCGGCGUACUUCUGCGAAGACCCCAGCAAGUUCCGACUGGAGGAGUGUUGCUCAAUCUUCGACUCGUUUUGCAACAGGUUUCUACGAGCCGUGCAGGAGAACACGGCCCGGGAGGUGGCCGAGGUGAAACGGCGACACAGGAACCGUCUUCAAAGCGCCGCCAAGCGCAGAUCCACGGCCACCUGCUCAGUCAGAGACAAAGAAAUGGAGGGGAUCGCUUUGGAGUCCAUCCUGCAAAACGUCCUGAGCAACCGACUCCAGAGGAGAAGGUCGGGACGACCCUCGUCGGUUCACGGCAGCCCGUUGAGCGCAACCCCCCAAACGGGAAGCCUUUCGGAGAUCAGCUCUCAGCCGAACCUCCCCGAGCUGAAACGUGUCGGAUCUUUAAAGGCGGAUGCAAUGGCGGAGAAAGAGUGGAAUUCAGCCGCGGAACUCGGCGCAACUUCGCGCCAGCGGGAGAAGAGCUCGGACAAGGACACAGAUGCUGCGGCCGAAAAGGCGAAGGGAGAGGAAACACUUUGUGCAGUCGAGGACUCGAGCAGUCGGACUCCCAGUGUUUCCUCCUCGGCUCGAACGUUCUCCGCCGCCACGGACAGUGACGUGGACGAUAUCCAGGACAAUAAUGAGGAAGAGGCCCAAAAACUGCGCGAAGCCUCGAAGAAGGUUUUGCUCUACCAGAGCAACCGAGGCAGCGUCUCCUCCGCUGAGUUUUCUGUUGAAAACCCCAAGACGAGAGUCACCCUGACACGUCAGCGGACCUUUGACAUGGAGACCGACCGGUACCCGGGAGACCCGACAAACGAGGAUCUUGUCAGAUUCUUGCUCAGCUCUGCGCCUUCCUCCAAACCUAGCAUCCCCCGCCGACACACGCUACCAGUGAAAGUCAAGAGGGACGAAGUUGAGGGGGAAGAGGACGACGACUUGUGGGCUCCCAUCGCUGGACCCAGAGACACGCCCCAGAAGACCGCACGCAAGUCCAAGCAAGCGUUUGACUUUCCUGACCUACCUCAAAAACGAGACUCUCGGUCCACCGAAACGGGGCUUAGCCUGGCACCACCCGUCAGCCGAGACGAGGAGCCAAGCCACGAUGAGAACGGUCAAAGUGUCCCACCCGAGAGUUCGUGGAGCAAGUCGGAAGCUCCCGGACGGUCGGACGGCAUUUUCAAGCACCUUGACGAUAUUGAGAGCAAGGAAACCUCCCGACAAUGUCUCGGUACGGCUGUGUAACGCGGUGUUUCCCAACCUUUCUUAAGCCAAGGGAGAGAGCACCAAAGACAAAUGUCACUUAAAGGAUAUCAACCCGAACUAAUGCUGAUCUCGUCCCAGUUUAGAACUGCCUCAGGGAUCCGGUCGCAGCCCCUUCCUGUUUGCAGGAAGAAAGUUAUGUCCCGUGAUCUUUGAACAGAACAUUGUUAUCUGCAGUGGGCACGUGGAGCAGGUGGACAAGAGUUGAGAAAGGGGGGGGGGCACGGAAGAAAGCGGGGGCUAGGGGGGGGGUCAGCGAGGCUGUGGGGUGAAGAGAUGCAGUACUUGGUGGGUGGAGGGCUUGAAGUACGAUUCACGGCGAGCGAUGUGGGAAUGGUGAAGAAACCGAUCCAAGCAGGUCGGAACGGGUCUAGGAAAGUGUCAGGUGGGUCAUGUGAUAGAAGAGCCUCAGCUUGGGUGUGACGGGCACGAGAGGUUCUCUUUGAAAGUGGGGGUGUACGAUUACACAUACAAGUAAGGUCAUCAAAAGGGACAGCCGAGGUUCGACCUUUUGGAGGCGAGGUCAAAGAGACUUGGACUUGAACUUGUUCAGAGGAUACAGAGUGAGCGUGCAGGCUAGACGGGAGGUUGCGGAGGAUAGGUGGAAAUAGAUGAUGUGCCGUGGCGACCCCCCAACGGCACGAGCCGAAAGGAAGUGAUUUUACUUUCAGUACCUUCUGGUUUGUUUCAUGUGUUCUGUAAAUGUAAACACAAUCCUGCAGGGUUUGUGUGAUUUGAAAUGUAAAAUAAAAAGUAAAAUCCA